CGAGGGAAGUCCUUCGAAUCGGUGCGUGAUUUGCAUCUAAUUGGCGUGACAAACAAUGACUCCGACCACUCCACCGCCACCACCACCGCCACCCACUCCGGGGCACACCACUUCCGUGGGGCCAUCGAGCGGAGCCGCUUCACCGUCGCCAACGAGGCACCAGAAUGGAACUCCGCCGGUGGCGGGCGACCAGUCGGAUUUCAACGACCAGCUGAUGGCCGCCAUCCGUUCCGGGAUCAACCUGAAGCCGACGAAAACGAACGAUCGCAGCACACCGGGCUUCAUCCAACGAUCGAACGGUGUGCUGGAUGAAAAUGGCAAAGGAUCGUGCGAUUCUCCGGUGACCCCGGGCGACGACAAGGCGAUCGACGUGAUGAAGGAUGCCCUGCAGGCGGAACUGCGUAGCACGCUGAAGCGAAAGAUCAAACUCCAGGACAUGGAGGCUGGAGACGGAACGAAAAACGAAGAAAUCGAACGGGCAAUCGAAGCUACGCGCAGCGAAGUGCAGCUCAAAGUGAACUGCGGACCAUCGGUUUCACCGGUCAACGGUACGCCCCGGGUGGAGAAUCCCCUGAAGUCGAUCGUCGACGUGAUCGACCGGGAGCGUGGGGUGGUCCUUGCAAACACCCAACCAAGUCCUGUGGCGGUAAAGAAAGUGAACGGUCCUGCAACGCCACCGGCAGCAGCCAAUGGGGCUGUAGCCGAACCGACGAAGGCUCCCCUUUCGAAUGGAAAGCCAACGGCAAUUACCUUUAGCCCUACGCCGUGGAAGAAGAGUGUUCCAGUGCCGGCGCCGGCGCCUGUAGCUCCUAGUGCGAUCAAAACUGUACCUACCGUUUAUCCGAGCCGCCUUGAGAUUACCCACGGAACGGACAAAAGUAACGGGCCAGCGGUGAAGACUCAGACCGUUCAAAGUAUGAACACUCCACCGCGGUCUCCGCGGGCUGUGGCCACCCAGACCAUUCCUGCGACAGUGACCAGCAGCACGGUUAAGUUCACGAAUGGUGUUGCAGCGGCAUCCAGCACACUGCCCAAAGCCAAUGGAGCUGCCUCCCAGAAGGUGACCCUUUCACCCAGAACGACACCGGAUGUUUCGCCGGUCCCGUUCAGCAAACCAGCGAAUGGCCAUGCGUACUCAAAUACCCUGCCACGGGUUAAGGACACAAGAACGCAAGCCCGCAUCGGCGGUCCGUACGCAAAGACUGUGUCGCCUCCGUCCAAUCCUGCCCCCAGCCGAACGGUAGUCGUCUCGAUCGGUAGCUUUACCGACAGUCCAAGGACUUCGACGAACUUGGCGAAGCAAAUGGAACCACUGACCAUCGACACAACGUCGAACGGUGCCGGUAGCUCAACCGGUGGCACGUCUUCACCGGCGACUCCGAAGGAGCUACUCUCACCGCAGGUCCGCAGUGGCACGGCCUCGAUAAGACCCUCGCAGAUCCGCACCCUGACCAAGGCGGGCAGCUCCGUGAGCCACACGGACAUACUGGAAACUGCGAAACCGAUCGCCAAGCUGCCGGUCUCGCUGCUGGAACCGGUUCCGGUUCUAACGGCAGCCGCUGCCGCCUCCCCUCCACCACCAGCGUCACCGCGGGGCCCGAAACCGGGCUCACCACCGGCCAAGGAACAACGCACCAACGUUUUCGAGAAGGCAACGAAGGAAACGAAAAGUCCGCUCAACCGCUGGAACGACGGAAGCGCGUCGUCCGGUACGGCACGCAAACUGCUGAUCUCGCACGGGCGGCCAAACUUUACGGUCAAGCGCACCAACUCGCGCCAAGGAUUCGACGCGGACGUCCCGGACAGCAAGACCGACGGGGCCAGCAAGCCCGUGUUUCGCAUACUGACCGAUUUGGAGAAGCUCGAACAGGAAGCGGAUCCGCCCCGGCAGCAGCAAUACGUGUCGUUCGCGAAGGACCUUUCGAAAGCGCCGAACAACUAUCCGGACGUGGUGGUCGUUACCAAGACGGUAACGUCCCCGGCCCCAGCGGAUCCCUUUCUGGCCACGCUGAAGGACAUCAAGAUCGACAUUGGCGAGAUGAAGGUGGUGAACGCGAAGAACUGAUUUUCGGCACACUUUAGGGCGGGCAAAACGUUGGAGUUGGAAGCAAUACUAGGUCUAGGCAGCUGUAGCUUUUAAAGUUCCGUUUUUUUUUAAAUGUAUCGUACAACGUGUAGUACGCUCCGUUCGAUGUGAUUCAAAAUA